AUGAAGUUCCAGAUGGGGCUUGAAUUUCUCUGGGGAGUGCAUCCUAUUGAUGUUGCUUUACGUGUCGGGAGACGUAAGUUCACGAGGAUAUUUAUGAAGCGGAAGCAUGAUGGUACCAUCAACAAGAGGCUCGCUCGAAUCGAAUCUUCUGCCAAAAAUGCAGGCAUUGACGUUCAGCGCGUUCCUGUUGAGCAUAUUGAAAAUUUGGUUAAGUCUGCUAGCAAAUCUACAGCAGAAACUGUGGAGGACUCCUCAGUUGUUCAUCAGGGGAUUUUAGCCUUGGUAUCAACCCUGAAACCUAAAACAGUUGUUGGUCUGGAUGAAAUUAUUCAAAGGGAGGAAGAUGGGAGAGAUCAAAUGUGGUUAUGCCUUGAUAAGAUUCAUGACCCAAUGAAUCUCGGCGCAAUAAUUCGUUCAUCCGCAUUUUUCGGUGUUUCUAAAAUAAUGAUGAAUGCAUCGCCAAGGAAUCCCUUGUCGCCCUUGGUCAGUAAAGCAAGUUCAGGGGCUAUGGAAGUUGUUCCAGUCUACACUUGUCACUCAUUACCGUCAAUUCUUCGUGAAAUGAAAUCCAAGCAGUGGAAUGUUUACGCCUCUACGUCAUCUGCCAUGGAUGUCGGUAUAAAUGUGGAUAGAAAACGGGAGGGAAAUUCUGUGUUGAUUGUAGUGAUGGCGUUCGAGUCGCGGAAAUUCGAGUGCAAGUUGUGUGGUGCGGAAAUCUCGGAUCUGGACGAAUGGGAACGUCACGUUUUCGGGAAAAGCCAUAAGAACAAUCUCGAACAGAGACUCGCUGCAGAUCGCCGGGAAGCUGACUCAAGGACAGUUUGCGUGUCCGGUGCACCGUGGUUGUCGCAGUACGGGAACGUUUGGGAUGUGGUCGGGGUGCAAACUAAAGACCCAGCAGGGUACUUCAUUGCCGAAUUUGGUUGCCGAGCCGAAGCUGAAGGGGCUGUCGAGGAGAAGCGGGGAUCCAUCGAUGGGUUCCCGCUGCAAGUGCAGUGGCGGACGUCGAAUGCGACACCGAAGGAGUUCCCGAACCCGCUGGAAGUUGACUACCCGGCCGUGUUGGCGAGUGUACGAAAGUUGGAAGGUGCUACGGAACGAAUUGAAGCGUUGAUGAAGCAUGUUGAAGCUAGUGGAGAAACGAAAAGUGCUAUGGAAGCGAUUGUGCAUAAGUUGGAAUCGCAACUGCGCGUUUCGUUGCCCGACGGUGACAUGUCCGUGCGACUUGUUAAGAUUUCCGGGACAAAAUUCUGCUUCAAGGAGUCGCUUGUCGAAGUUCUUGUGACAUACAGCAGUUUGGAAAAGGAUUCUGUUGCGUCGGCUGUCAAAGAUGCGUUGGAAACCGUGUCUGGGGUUGAACCCGGGAAAACAGCUGUGUGGGAUGGCGUGACAGCAAUUCCAUUCAAGUCGGGUCCUGAUGGUAUCCACGGUGUUGUUUACGUUGACGCUUGCACUGCCAUUUGGGAGGAAACGCGAUUGUUGCGAGCGUAUUCUGGUAUGGACCUUCGACUAAGAUACGUUUUAUCUGUGCUGUCUUGGUGGGGGCGAAGAGAGCGUAUCACCGGACACGAAAGUGGUCUCCUGUCAGAAACUGCCUUUCUUUGGUUGGUGAUCGCAAUUCUCGCUGGUGUCGAUGACCCCGCGCUUCGAGUUCCGUCCGCUGAAGGAAUGCGCGAAGGAUCUGUUGGAAUGUUUGAAACCGAUCUCGAAAUUGAAGAAAUUAUUGCCCGCUUUUUCAAGAAGGCCGCUGUGGUUGACUUCUCACAAUCCACGGUGUUGACAGGAGUUGGAACUCUGCGAGAACGCAAGGAAACUGAAAGAAACGUCCCUUUGGUUUCACUGCAUCCCAUCGAUCCGAACAUCAACAUUGGUGCGACUGUUAGCUUCGAAGGAGUUAAAAAACUGGUGAAGAAAGUGAAGCAAUGUGCGGAAAUAUUUUCCCUUUUUGGCCCGAACAACGAAGAGGUCUUCGUUCCGGCAGUGAAUGGUGUACCGCUCUUACGACCGCUGAGAUCAAAAUCUUAUCAAAUGCUCCAGCUCCUACUCGGUCACAACGUUGCGUCCACGAUUCUCCUGCGAAAAGGCACUCCCAAGAGAUCUUAUGACCACCUGAAACCAUAUAACUCUACAUUCUCACUGCCGAUGGAUGAAUUCUCAUCCUGCUCAGAAGACAAUGAAUCCGACGUUGAAAACUGGUGCUCUGGUGUCGCGCGGGUCUUGGAACGGAUGUUUCGCGACAUACUCGCGUUCGAAGUGAAAGACGUCACAUCUGAUGCGCGGUCAAACCAAGAUGACUUCAGCAUCGACUACAAAAAUCUCGCCACCAAGCUGGAAAUAACUUUCGACGACACUUUCCUCAACAACAAAGACAGCUUCGAAUGCGCAACUGAUCAAAUCCUCUCUGUGUUCUUCGUUCAAGCCUUCUAUCCCACUUGGGAGCGCAGAACACUUGCUCGAGAUGCCCUCGGAGACUCGUGGAUGACUCAGUCGUUUACGGAAGUGGAGACGAAAAUUUCGCGGGAAAUCGUCAAGAGUGUCGACGCUGUCGGAAAGCCGAAGCUGCCGUGGUCAACGUUUCUCGUCGAGGUGACCGUGAAACAAGCGGUUGAUGUUGAGAUGCUCGAAAGGGAAUUGUACGAGAAAGGCGGUGGUUGGUUCGAGCCUUUGGUGGAGAUGAUCGAAGACGACGAAGUGUUCGAGUGUACAAACGAGCCGAAAGAACCCUUGUCGCCUGCUACACUUGUCAGCCGGUUGUUUGAGGAUGAAGACGAUGAAGAAGCCCACAUUGGGUACAUGGCGCUGAAGUUCCCAGAGGUUUAUGCGCUGGCGUCGACGAAGGGUUUCCGGGCAGCGCAAGAACCCAGAGAUAUUCGAGCUGGGAAACUGACCCUGAAAGGUUGGGAAGUGUCGAAAAGAAUCGAAGAAGUGAACCUUGUUCCUGGUGCCAAACCCGUGGAUAAUGCCCAAAGAGCCUCUGAUUCUUCCUCUUCUUCAUCAGCGUCAACUCCAGGUUCGCCAUCGGAGAAACGACGGAGACUGGAUACGGACGAAGGAAAAGCCGAGGAUGGAGAAUCCUUUUUGGGUGGAUUUUUUGAACGGAAGAACGGACACCACAGUGCGCCGUUUUUUGAAGAAAAAUCGUUGGGAGACGGAAUGGUCAGUCCUGAGCCGAUUGACGAAGACGUGGAAAUCUUGGGCGAAAUAUCCCCGCGUUCAGAUACCUCUGGGAGAGAAAGGAGAAGCACCGGAGAGAGCAUCCCGUUUCUUUGA